UCCAUGGUGAGCGUCCCCCAACCCGCCGAGGGUUGACACAGCACAGUUACUAAGUCAACAGAAUUCAGAAACCACGACCGGAUUAAGCAGGCGGUUUUAUUUUGGUGCCCUGGACUUCAAGCAGAUUAACUAAUCAAAAAGCCCGAGCCACCGGGGUCAUGUCUGAAUGCUACAGCUGUUCGCCGAGUUGACAAACGUCCUCUCUGUGGCUCGUCAUCUGAAUGGGACAGGCAGCGAUGAUCUUGGGGAGGUCGACACUUUCAGAAAGGAGAGGGGCGCAGUCCAAAGACCCCGUAAUGGAAAACAAUCCCAGCCAGAUGGAGACAGGGAGAGGACUGCUUGAAUAAGGGUCUCCUGAAAGCCACCACUGUUUCUGCAUUGAAGAAAGCACAAGCAGGCAGCAGGAAAAGCGGAUGAAAAGCUGGACUGCGAGUUGGCCAUGCUCUCGGCAUGUUGAUCUGCUAAUUAAUAGAAGGGCUGCGGGUUCAACACGGACGCCUGUCGUCAUGAAAGGUGAGCUGCUCCUGCUCUCCAGUGUGGUUUUCCUGCUCCGGGUGGCUUGCGGCUGCCCUGAGGAGUGCCGUUGUCAAGCGUCCUUGAAUUCUGUAGACUGCAGCCGCCAGGGUCUGGCUGAAAUCCCUCCCGAUCUGCCUCCUCAGACUCUAACGCUGCAUUUACAAGAUAACCAGAUACACCAGCUCUCCGCUUCUGCAUUUAGGUCAGUGCCACAGCUCACGACCUUGAACUUGGGCAACAAUUCACUUUCCAUCCUGGCCCCCGGAGCUUUCCAUGGACUUCAGCACUUGCGGGUCUUAAACCUGACCCGGAACUCCCUACAUUCCUUGGAAAGUGGACUUUUCCAUUCCCUCCCUCAGCUGAGGGAGCUUGAUGUGUCCUCCAACAACAUCAGCCACCUUCCAGCCUCCUUGGGUGAGCGCUGGGAGAACCUAACCCUGUUUGCGGUCCAACAAAACCAGCUUCAGCAGCUGGAUCGGGUGCUCCUAGAAUCCAUGUCCAGCGUGAAGCGCCUCUUUCUCAAGGACAACCUCUGGAAAUGCAACUGCCACUUGCUGGGUCUCAAACUCUGGUUGGAGAAAUUUAUUUAUAAAGGGGGAGUCAUGGACAGUGUCGUCUGUGUGUCACCAGACACCUGGAAGGGAAAGGACCUCCUUAAAAUCCCUCACGAGCUGUACCAGCCCUGCCUUUCGCCCUCUCCAGAUCUGGAGUCCUGGCAGGGGCAGCUGCUGGGUCCUGCCCAGCAGGCUGUCCUGAGGUCUCCUGAGAGCCACAGUGUGGAGGAGCAAGACCAGUCAGAGUGUGAGCUCAAACCCAAGCCCAGGCCCACCAAUCUGCGUCGCGCCUUGGUCACUGUCAUCAUCGCCGGGGUUUUGUCCGGGAUCCUGUGUCUCAUGAUGCUGGUGGCCACCAUCUAUGGCUGCACCUAUGCAGCUAUUACAGCCCAUUACCGGGAGGCACCCUUGGAUCAAACCCUCGAGCCUGCGAAGACGGAAGGAAAAGAGCUGCUUGACAGCCCACCGGCUUGAGCGCUUUCGUCUCAAGUAGGAAUAAUCACUUUAGGCCAGAAGAUAGUCUCUGAGGAGGGCUGGUAUGUCCACUGUUCCUGCCUCAUUUUGCUCUUUCCAAAAGAAAACAAAAAGGAUGUGUCUUUAAAAAAUAUUUCGGAGAAGAAAUUUAUGUUGAGAUUAAAAAAAAAUACUGUAGAUGAACUAGAAAUGAUACUUGUGUUCUGUGCCUGAGAAGUUUAUUAGACUUAUUCUAUGUGGGAGAAGGCCAGGCACAGAGGAAGGGGAGCUACCAUCUCUUUAAGGUCCUCUUCCCUGCAGGAAGUUGCUUUUACAGAGCACAGAAACGCAAGCACGUGUGCCAUUGGCAUUCCUAGGAGCUUUACGGUCCAUUGGAAAACUGCCCAAUUGUGAGCGCCUGGGAAGAGGCUGGUGAUCUUACCCAAGGGGCACCAAAUGCCUCUAUAAUUCAAGUUCAUGCUAGAUUGGUGAUACUUUUAGAUGUUGUGUAUGUUACAUAUUUAAUGGGAGCGUCUGUUGGUUGGGAAUUUUGUAGCCUGCCACAAGAGUCAGAUUAUAUUUAAUUUUCUAAAUUAGAAAACCAUUUGGGGCUUUCUAGGCCACAGAGGAAGAAGAGGGUUUCAUGUCUGCGUAAUGGGACUCGGGCCCAGGGCCUGGAGAAGGUUUAAGAUGCGAGGGUAAAUAACAUAUAAACAAACACAAAGAAGACGGGGAGCCGGAAUCCGGGGCACAUCUCAUUGGAAGGCCAUAUCCACCAGGCGAGUGGAACCUUCCAUUUGUAACUCACAGCAGGAAUGAAUUUAGGGUGGGCUGAGAGCGAGGGAAGGGCUUGUGUGUAUCUGCAUCCACACCAGAGCGCACAAGUGCGCAGACUUGGACAGCCACACCCACGCGUAAACACACGCGGAGCAAUCAGUUUACCCACUAAUGAAACGCAGCCGCGGACGGGUGGGAGCCAGCAGCUAUUGACCACCACCCAGAUUGUCUACUCAACACUCCAGGAGAGGAAGGAAGAAGGAAGUCUGAAGAGAGUGGGAAUUAUCAAGGGACUGGAGAUAUGUGGCAGCAGCCACCCUGAACAGCAUGUAGGCCGCGGUUUAAAACAAUCAGGUGGGGCUUGCUUUACUGCACAGACACGGUCCUGAAGAGUUGCAUGCAAAGUGAAUUUCUGUAAAUUGAAUCAUCAUUUUAAUGCAGUAGGGGAGCUCGCUAUUUAAAGGAACCUUUCAUGGAAUCUUACUGUAAUGACAAUAAUGAGCUCCAGAUUUAUGCAUUUUGUAAAUUUGCAUUUUCUCAUGCCAGGUUUUCUUAAAGUGGAAUCUACCUGCUCUCUCUCAUGAUGGCCUGUCUCAUACUUAGUCACCUGUUAGUAUUAAAAAGAAAUCACUUUACACAGAAGAGUGAAAGACACAUCAAAAACACACAAUAGCAACUAGAGAGCAAGCUAUCCCUCCAGAGACCUUGACAGACAUUGCUAAUCAAUCCCAGCACUCUUCCCAGCUGAGCCUCCAUGCACCACAGAUGCCUUCUUAAGACAGCACUGUAGGCAACCAGAACUAAUCAAUUGAAGUUGGUUCAAAGGAUAAAAUACAUUUGCCAUUCAGGGUCCUGGCUCUACAUUCACUCCUUCGGGCCAUGGAAAAAUUGUUUUCAGUCCUAAAUCAGUAGUCCAUUCCCUGACCUGAAAUGUGAAUGGGAGGUCUGAACAUGCAGGAGUGGUGACUUGUCUGAUGUGGCCAGAGCUCUACCCAGCAGCAUAAGGAGCUGAGGAAAGCAGACGAUGAACCUACCACAGCCUACCCUGCAGGACACACACCAACCUGUCCCUAAUCAUCACGGAGGCCAUCUACCUACCCCUGCCCACAGUGAAGCUUCACAGCGAGUGUGGGCUUCACGCACACCCACAAUCUAAUGAUGGACCAUCUUUUCGAAGCAGCAAUUUUGCUAAAUGAUUUUUCUGGGGGAAAAGUAUAAACUUCGAUGUUAAUUUUCCUGAAUAUUAAAAUAAACCUGGAUAUGUUAAAGAGUGGAUUGAAAAAUUAACAAGGAUUUUAAGAUCAAAAAGAGAAAGCCCAGAGAAAGCCAGCUGUUCCACCCUAGUCCUGGUGCCUCCUUCCGGCUCUGUUGGCAAGGCUGAGCAUCCGGUUGAAGGAUGUAGUGAAAAAAAUCUUCCUUUCUCUUGCCCUGGACUUCGAGUCCUUGGACAAGAAAGCAAUAUGAGAAAGGAAAUUUAGAUGAUCCUUUUUCAUGUCGUCCCCAUUUCACCAAAUGUUUCCAGAGCUUGCACUAUGUACCCGGCAUAGUGCGAGGCGUUCUCCUGAGCAUCUGUCAUGUAAUCCUGGCAACCACCCUGGGAGAUACUUGAACAGAUAUUACAUAAGCUGGGAUCUACUGAGGCCAAUAAUCCAUUUCCUCUCACUGCUGUGAUUUCAGACUGUCAGCACACAGGGCUCUGCCAGAGGUUUGGUGAUACUGCAGCAGCCGUGUCCCCUGUCCACAGCGAUCGCAUGGAAAGCAUCCAAUACACCACAGAAAACCCUGAACGUGGCUAGAGCCCUCACUCGUCAACACCCAUGUCCUAUUAGAUUUCUAAGUACAGAUGAUAACUCAGGCAAACAGAUCCCUGCUUUAUAAACAGUCUUUAAGAAAAAUGAUUAAAAUGGUGCAUACGUAUAGUCAGAUUUCUAUCUCUUGCCUACAAUCACCACAAACGGCAGUUGGCAAUGAAAAUAAUUACUUACCCUGAAAUGUCAACAGCUUCUCAGCACAGAAAAAUAUAAAUCAAAUUGUUUAGAUUAACAAAUGCAGAGUUAUCAUUUGUUAAUAUGAGAAAUGAAAUGUUUUAACCGUAAAAAACAUCGCAGAUGAAAGACCCAAUUUGCAGGGUAUUCUGCGAGAACCACAAAUUAUCUUUUGCAACCACUACAGCGCAUGAGGGGUAAUUUGCAAACGCCUCACAGAUUACUUUCAGCUGUCUAUUGCCGCUGUCUUGUCAUAUUCAUAGAUUCCCCUAUAAAGAUGGCCUUCCAUCAAGAGUCUUGCUGAGGGUACACUGUGAACAAAAAGCACGUUGAGUGUUGACUGUUUCUGAGAAAACCAUCUACAAUAGAAUUUUUUUCACCAUAUUUAGUGGAACAGUAUGAUUAUAGACUGGCGAUUUUUGCUUUGCCAGAAAUCACAGAUUCAUAAGAGCAGGACCCAAAGAUGCUUGUAGCUCUCUGAAGUGAGGCCAACAGAAGGGAUUAUGAAGAAUGCACCCUGUCAUAGAGAUUAUGGAGAAAGUAGACCAAGUAUCAAAUCUAUACCGGAAAAGCUUUCAAAAUUAAGGCAAAGGUCCCUGUCCCUGGCAGGCAGAAUCCUGUGCUUGCAAUGAUAACACGCCAAUGGACAAAUGGAGGUUUUCUCUUUCCUUAUAAAAAUGGAAGACUGAAAAGUGAUGCACAGCAUCUCCUAAAGAUUCAUGAAGAUCAAAUCUCAUUACUUGAGUUAACCAAGUUACCCCAGAAAUAAGACACUCUUAUCUUAAAUCCUAAAUAACAAAGGAAGUGGCUAAAUCCAUAUAAAAUAAUUGAUCUGGAGCACACAUUAAUACAAUUAUAGAACAGUUAGAAAGCUAUAACGUUCUGUUGCAUAUCAGGAAAUAAAUGUUUCCAGUCUGGUCAAACCCA